AUGCAAAUCGACCGGGAGAUCCUCGCCUCCUCUUCCCAUCUAACUAAUAAACACGGUCCCUGGUGGCACGAUCGCGGCUUGCUGAAGUUGAAUCUGCUGAUUCUGAUACCGUUGAUGAGCGAGUAUGUGCAGGGGUAUGAUGCUAGUCUUAUUAAUAAUGUGCAGCAGUUGAAGAGUUGGCGGGAUGAAUUUCAUAAUCCCAAAGGUUCACUCCUAGGCGUUCUAUCGGCGAGUUAUUGGGUGGGUAAUGUGUUGGGAGUAUUCUUUAUCACGCCAUUGAGUGAUAGGUUUGGUAGGAGAAUGGCCAUGUUUUUCGGUAGUGUGGUUGCUAUACUUGGUACUGCUUUGUGUACGGGGGCUGUUGAUGCUGGCAUGUUUAUCGCCGGCAGGCUUCUGCUAGGAAUCGGAGGAGUGGUUGUGGGAGCCAUUGGACCUAUACUGGUGGCCGAAUUGGCAUAUCCGGAUCAUCGCGCAACUGCGACUGCGCUUUCGAAUACCCAAUACUCAAUGGGUUCAAUCAUCGCUGCGUGGAUAACUUUUGGAACAUUCCGAAUGAAUUCCACAUGGUCAUGGCGGAUUCCCUCGGUAUUCCAAGCCUUGCCCUCUGUCGCACAAGCACUUGGCAUUUUCUUUCUCCCCGAAUCUCCACGUUGGCUUGUGAGUAAGGGACGCGAAGAUGCUGCUUUGGAUGUCCUGUCCAAGUAUCAUGCCAAUGGAGAUCGAGAAGAUGAAGUUGUGCAAUUUGAAUAUAGAGAGAUAGUUGGGACCAUUGAGAUGGAAAUCUCGGCGAACCAAACGAGAUGGAGUGAACUGUGGAGGGGGAGAGGAAAUCAGUGGAGAAUGUUCAUUAUGAUUUUCUUUGGAAUUUGUAAGCAAUGGUCAGGAAACGGGGUCGUCUCCUAUUACUUACACACAAUGCUCGACGACGUUGGAAUUACAACCACCUUCCAACAAACUCUCAUCACUGCAACCUCCCAAAUGUUCUCCUUUGCCUGUUCCGUCGGUUUUGCUUUCCUCCCCGCUCGAGUAGGUCGACGCCCUCUUCUGCUUUGGUCCAUGGGCCUCAUGUGGCUCGUCUUCACCAUCAUCACCAUUCUCACUGGCGUGUUCACUCAUACCAAAUCCAAAUCCGCCUCCUACGCCUCUGUCGCGUUCAUCUAUUUGUAUAGCGGUGUCCAUAAUUUGGGAUGGACAGGUGCCAUGAUGCUGUACGUCGUUGAAAUUUUGCCAUAUACGUUGCGUGCCAAAGGUAUCUCAUUAUUUUGGUUGGUCACGGGCUUGGCCGGUGCUUUCAAUACCUAUGUGAACCCAUUGGGACUUGCAAGGUUUGGCUGGAAGUUCUAUUUCUUCUAUGUGGCAUGGAUUGCUGUUGAGUUUGUCGUGGUGUAUUUUGUUUGUCCUGAGACGAAGGGAACGAGUUUGGAGAAUGUCGCGUUGGUCAUCGAGGGGAAUGAUGCUAAAGUUAGUAAGAUGAAUCCUGUGAAGGAGGCGGUGAUUGAGAAAGAUGGAGGAACCAUGGAAUAUGUUGAGCGGACCAAAUGA